CGGGCGCAGCCGAGCCGGGCGCAGCCUCACACUCCGCGGCGGCGGCGUUGUCAAACGCCCUCCUGAGGACAGCCACCCGGCCCGCCUCAGCCUCACCCGGCCGAGCGCUGUUCGCCAGCCCGCGCCAGCGAGUCCCGGACCUGGCCGCACGGGGCCUGCGGACUCGGAUAAUUGAUCGGAGUCAGCAGUGGUGCGGUGGAAAUAUCGGGUUUUGUUCUGGAGAAAUAGAGGCCUUCCCUAAAGUUUCCCAUGACUCAAUGGACUCCUGAAUAUAACGAGCUCUACACCCUAAAAGUGGCUAUGAAGAGUGGGACUCCUCCUGAUGCGCCCACUACACAGGAGAGUCUGAAGGCGGUUCUUCUGCACCCACAGCCCCUAGGGGCCACUAAGAGCUUCCCUGCAGAAGUGGAGAUGAUUAAUAGCAAAGUGGGGAAUGAAUUCUCUCAUCUGUGUGAUGAUUCCCAAAAACAAGAAAAGGAUAUGAAUGACAACCAGCAAGAACAAGAAAAAAGUGGUGUUGUGAGAAAAAAGCGCAAAAGCCAGCAGGCUGGCCCCUCAUAUGUGCAGAAUUGUGUCAAAGAAAAUCAGGAAAUCCUAGGGUUGAGGCAACACCUAGAGACACCAAGUGAUGAAGAUAACGACUCUUCCUUCAGCGAGUGUCUGUCUUCUCCCUCAUCUAGUCUCCAUUUUGGGGACUCUGAUACUGUGACUUCAGAUGAGGAAAAAGAAGUCUCAGUGAGACAUUCCCAGCCUAUUCUGAGUGCUAAAAGCAGAAGUCACAGUGCAAGGUCCCACAAGUGGCCUCGAACUGAGGCAGAGCCUGUGCCAGGUUUGUUGAUGAAAAGACCUUGUUUUCAUGGCAGUGCAGUCAGGAGAGUCCCAUGUAGAAAGAGGCCAGUGAAGAGCAGCUCCUCACAGAGGACACAGAAGCAGAAGGAGAGGCUGCUAGUGCAGAGGAAGAAGCUGGCUCAGAGGAAGUACGCUCUUCUCGCCAGCUCCAGUACCUCCAGUGAGAAUGACCUCAGCAGUGAUUCCUCUUCCAGUUCCUCCACAGAUGGAGAAGAGGACCUGUGUGCAUCUGCCAGUGAGAACCCCAACAACCCCGCUGCUCCCUCAGGAAGUAUUGAUGAAGAUGUUGUGGUGAUAGAAGCUUCCUUCACUCCCCAGGUCACUGCCAAUGAAGAAAUUAAUGUUACCUCAACUGACAGUGAAGUGGAGAUUGUUACAGUUGGAGAAAGCUAUCGGUCUCGUUCAACCCUUGGGCACUCCAGAUCUCAUUGGAGCCAAGGUUCAAGUUCACACACAGGCCGGGCACAGGAGCCUCGAAACCGCAGUAGGAUCUCCACUGUAAUACAGCCCCUGAGGCAGAACGCAGCAGAAGUUGUGGACCUUACUGUUGAUGAAGAUGAACCUACUGUAGUACCAACCACUUCUGCUAGAAUGGACUCACAAACUACUAGUGCUUCCAUUAACAAUUCAAAUCCAUCUACCUCUGAGCAAGGCUCUGAUACUACUUCAACUGUGGCCAGUAGCCAGCCUUCCACAGUGUCAGAGACUGCAGCUACUCUUACAAGCAAUAGUGCAACUGGUUCUUCUGUGGGCGAUGACGUGAGGAGAACUGCAUCUAAUGCUGUCCCAGAAAGUGGUCCUCCUGCAAUGCCAAGGCUACCUUCAUGCUGCCCCCAGCACUCACCAUGCGGAGGGACAUCACAGAGUCACCAUGCAUUAGCACAUCCACACUCAAGUUGUUUUCAGCAGCAUGGCCACCAUUUUCAGCAUCACCACCACCACCACCAUACUCCCCACCCAGCUGUCCCAGUUUCUCCUUCCUUCAGUGACCCUGCUUGUCCUGUGGAAAGACCUCAAGUACAGGCGCCUUGUGGAGCAAAUAGCAGCUCUGGUUCCAGCUACCACGACCAGCAGGCAUUGCCAGUCGAUCUGAGCAACAGUGCUCUCAGGACUCACGGAAGUGGGGGUUUCCAUGGUGCAUCUGCCUUUGACCCUUGCUGCCCUGUCUCUUCUUCCCGGGCUGCAGUCUUUGGCCAUCAGGCUGCUGCGGCCCCAACUCAGCCAUUAUCAAUAGAUGGCUAUGGCUCCAGCAUGGUUGCACAGCCCCAGCCCCAGCCACCUCCACAGCCUUCUCUCUCAUCAUGUCGGCACUACAUGCCACCUCCUUAUGCUUCCUUGACAAGACCACUGCACCAUCAAGCCUCAGCUUGCCAUCACUCUCAUGGAGGUGCUCCUCCUCAGACUCAGCCUCCCCCUCAAGUGGAUUACGUGAUUCCGCAUCCUGUCCAUGCUUUCCAUUCUCAGAUUUCUUCUCACGCAGCAUCUCACCCUGUGGCGCCGCCGCCCCCAACACAUCUAGGCAGUACAGCGGCACCCAUCCCUCAGCAUCUUCCACCUGCUCACCAGCCAAUUUCACACCAUAUUCCAGCCCCAGCACCUUCAGCCCAGAGACUGCACCCUCAUGAAGUGAUGCAGAGGAUGGAAGUGCAGAGGAGGAGGAUGAUGCAGCAUCCAACGCGGGCACAUGAACGGCCCCCGCCCCAUCCACAUAGGAUGCACCCAAACUAUGGCCAUGGGCAUCAUAUUCAUGUGCCUCAAACCAUGUCUUCACAUCCUCGCCAGGCUUCAGAGAGAACUGCCUGGGAACUGGGGAUUGAAGCUGGAGUGACUGCAGCUACCUACACACCUGGUGCACUGCACCCUCACCUGGCCCAUUACCACGCCCCGCCUCGACUUCAUCACCUACAGUUAGGAGCACUUCCCUUAAUGGUCCCUGACAUGGCAGGCUAUCCUCACAUCCGUUACAUUUCUUCAGGAUUGGAUGGAACAUCAUUCAGAGGUCCUUUCAGGGGCAAUUUUGAGGAAUUGAUUCAUCUGGAAGAAAGAUUAGGAAAUGUCAAUCGUGGAGCCUCCCAGGGAACAAUUGAAAGAUGCACAUAUCCACAUAAAUACAAAAAGAGGAAACUGCACUGCAAACAAGAUGGGGAAGAAGGGACUGAGGAAGACACAGAGGAAAAAUGUACUAUCUGUUUGUCUAUUUUAGAGGAAGGUGAAGAUGUGAGACGGCUUCCGUGUAUGCACCUUUUUCACCAAGUGUGUGUUGAUCAGUGGCUGAUCACCAAUAAGAAGUGCCCCAUAUGCAGAGUGGACAUCGAGGCCCAGCUGCCAAGCGAAAGUUGACAUUGUGUUUCAGAACUCUUGCUGUCCCUCUCAUUCCCAUCCUUCCUGGUACUGCAGUCAACCAAAGAUGGCAUGACUUACCUGCGCAGGUCUGGAAGCCUUGAACUUGGAGUGCUGACUCUGCUACAUGGUACAGCUACCGCUAGACCUACAACUUAUGUACACAGUUGAUUUCGAUGUAUUUAUAAAAAGCUUUUGUGUUUUUUCUAGAUUUGACAUUACUUCCUGUAUCAUUUUACUGUAUUUUUGCAUGAUUCCUUGUAUUGCAUUUCUUUGCACAUAUUAUUGGCUUGUGACCCUUAACUUGCAGGCAAGAUUAGCUGCUUUAGUAAGUAGUAUUUUGUGGUCUUUUUGGUUUUGUUUUUUUGUUUUUGUUUUUGUUUUUUUUUUUUUUUUUUAUAGUACCUUGAAAAUUAUGAAUUUGUUUUAUCCAUUAC